GGUCACGCUGCCGUUCGGCGGCCAUUUCUCUUGAAGCUCCGCAGGUCGGGUUUUGGCGGAGGUGCUGCAGUCACGAGGGAUAAACGACAGCUGGGUCGGCGGCGAGAAGCCUGCAGCGUUUGCCUGUGGUCGUGAUGAGUUUGCCCCUCAAUCCCAAACCUUUCCUCAAUGGAUUAACAGGAAAGCCAGUAAUGGUGAAACUUAAGUGGGGAAUGGAGUACAAAGGCUACCUGGUAUCUGUAGAUGGCUAUAUGAACAUGCAGCUUGCAAACACAGAAGAAUACAUAGAUGGAGCAUUGUCUGGACAUCUGGGUGAAGUUUUAAUAAGGUGUAAUAAUGUCCUUUAUAUCAGGGGUGUUGAAGAAGAGGAAGAAGAUGGGGAAAUGAGAGAAUAGCAUGUUUUGUGGGGAAUGUUUUUAUAUAUAUUUCUAGACAAUAAAGAUUUGUUUGUUUUUCAA